UCAUCAACCAAAUCAAAAUCAGCAGAUUUUGUGUACAAUUUUUUUUCAAUAAAUUGAAAUAAAAAUAGCAGCUACGAGCAUUCUUUCGAUAAUUUAUACAUACAGCAAUAUAACUUGCUCUGUGACAUAAAGUAAAGUUGAUAUAAUAAUCAAGUUGGAAUUUUAUUGUAUUUGUCUGAUCACAAAUAGGGCUCUAAAACGUAAAAUGGCUGCUGUGGUUGUUCAAUCUCGUUUCGCCGGCUUGAAAAUCGAAGACGAUGAAAUGAUUCCCAAUGAUAGUCAAAAGGCUAAAAAGAGCAAACCAAUUUCGGUGAAAAAAAUAGAACCUACUAAAAAACCCAAAAACAAUAUAACUGCCGCAAAAUCUCAGAAUGCAACUAAAAAGCGAAAGUCGAAGCCAAAUCCUGCAACUGCUGAACAGUGGGAGACAUGGAAGCAAAAAGAUGAAGAACUUGUAGAUGGUAAUUUUGAAUCAGAACUUGAGCAGGCAAUACUUUUAUCAAAACUUGAUUAUGAAGAGAAAAAGGAUGUUUACAAGCACUUAAAAAAAGAAGCUGAUUCAGAGAAAAAAGAACAAUCUCGUAGCAAUAAUAAAAAAAAUAAAAAGAAAAAUGUUAUGAGUUUAGAUCAGUUCAAUGAUAUGGUGAAUGUGGAUGAUUCAAAAUUAACCGUUGAAGAUGACAAAAAUUCUCAAGAAGAAAUAAAGUCACCAGAUAGGGAUACAAAAUUUUUCGAAAGAGUUCAAGAUGAGACAAAACACGAACUUUUAAAGGAUAAAAUUAUUGACAGAGUCAAAAACCAAAUAGCACAGGAUGAAAUUAUAACAAGGGUUCAGUUUAUGGAUGCUUUAGAAAAGAAAGAUAUAGAAAUUGCUGCCUUAAAACAGGAGGUUGUAAGAUUGAAAGAGGCGCUACUAACUGUCAAGUCAAGGAAUAAAAAAUUGUGUAACAUCCUUGGCCAGGGUGAAAUGAGGGAUAAAGCAGAAGUUUUGGUGGAGGUGGAAAAGUUGCGCGCCAUGCAAGCAGAGCUCAACGCAGAAUUAACCAGUUUACAUUCUGAUCUGGAAAAGGAAAGAUCUAAAAAUGCAGACCCUAGAGCUAAAGACAAGAAAAAACGAGGGGUUAAUGGCGAUAAAGAAAAAUAACAGUAAACUUUAUUAGAACUUUCAAUUUAUUCGUAUAUAAUAUAUAUAGUUAUAAUAGGACCACAUUUUGAGUUUACAUUACGAAAAUUUAAGUAAAAUUACAAAAAUGUGUAAUACACUGGAAAAUUAAAAUUUGAUAAUUUUAGCUAUCCAGAAAAUUUACAUACAACUGUUAUUUUGAUUAGAUGUUAAUCCAUUCAAUAUAAUUUAUGAAGUAUUCAUUGUAAUUGAUAUUUCUUAUCUAAUAAUGCACAUUUAUUUCUACUCUCUCAAACUCACGAGUAAAUAUUAUUGCCAUUUAAUAUCUAUUCAUAAUAAUUAGGUAUCUUAUUCAGCAUUCCAAUAUAUGAAUUGAUUUCAAAAACAAGGGCAUUCAAUGUAAAUGGCAUUGCAGCGCAUUUUUCCGCAUCAUAGCUUUAAUAAAUACUUUUAUACAAACUCAUUAUUGCAAAUAGUAUAUACCUAAUCUAAGUACCUAAUAUUAUAACCAAGAACAUUUUUAUAAAAUACAUUUUUUUUUAACUCUAUUCACAGAGUUAUUAAAAUUGAUGGAUCUUAUUGGUUAAAACUAAAAACGCAAACGCUAUGAGGAGAUGAACGAGUGUUAUAUAUAUUAUUAGUAUACAUCUUAUAGAUGUAUCUAAAAUAUAUUUGUGUGCAUAUUUUUAUCAAUAAUGAAGCUUCAUUUGUGGUCAAACUAUUUCUAUAUACCUAUUGUAUCGAAUAUGAUAUUAUAAUUAUAGUUAUAGUCUCAAAUAUUGUACAAUUUGUUCAAAUUGUCAAUUUGUUUUAUAUAAAACUUAUUUUAUUAAGAUAGUUUAAUAUCUAUAUUUACCUACUGUGUUAAAAGUUAAGUGUAACUAUAGGUAAUUGGUGAUUAAAAGGAUCUCUUAUUUUGUUUUUAUAUAA